GCGGUAGGUUGUUGUUGCGGCGGUGGCGGUUGAGGAGGAGGAGGAUGGGGAACGCGAGCCGGGAGGUGGUGACUCUCCAGCUCGGGCACUACAGCAACUUCGUGGGCACUCACUGGUGGAACCUGCAGGAUGCUGCCUUGUGUUACGAUGGGGAACCCAACAACUCGUACUCUGAGAUCAACAGCAAUGUUCUGUUCCGAGAAGGGGUGACGCUGCAAGGCCAGCCCACCUACACCCCCCGCCUGAUCCUGAUGGACCUCAAAGGGAGUUUGAGCAGUCUGAAGCAGGAGGGAGCUCUGUACGGCGUUAGUCAGACUGAACCUGCACUAACAUGGAAGGGGAGCCUGAGUGUACACAAGGAGGAUCCCGUGGUGAAGAAUCAGUUUCUACAGCAGCUUGACAGGCUUGGGGAUGAGCUGAACUCCAACUCCAACUCCAGACCAUUCCAAGGAGAGGAAAGAGCUGCAGCAGUGCCUGGGGCUGAGAGAGCCCUCAACUUAUCACAGAGCAGCCACAGGCUGGAGGACAGUGUCGGGGUGUGGUCCGACUACCUGAGAGUGCACCUUCACCCAAAGACUAUCUCUGUCAUCCAGCAAUACAACCACAGCAGCACCUCCGAUCGAUUUGAAGCUUUUGGAUUUGGUGAGAAGCUGAUCCGUGAUCCUUUGUUCCUGGAUGAUUUUGAGGACAGGCUGCACUUCUACAUUGAAGAAUGUGACUAUUUGCAGGGCUUCCAUAUUCUGUGUGAUCUGCAAGACAGCUUCGCCGGCCUUUCAACCAAGGUGGUGGAGUUGCUGAACGAUGAAUAUGGAGGCAAGGGCAUAUUCACGUGUGGUUUCAGCCCAGCCUCAUAUACAGACACAAGCCCAGUGAAGGAGGUCCAUCGGCUGCUGAACUCUUUCAUGGGCAUUGUGCAGUUAUCGAGUCGCAGCUCCAUCUUCUGCCCCAUGUCACUGAACAGAAAUGCUCUGGGGCGGAAACGGCCAUCUCCCAUCAACUUCCCACACAUCAUCUACGACGCAUCUCUGAGUUAUCACAGCAGUGCAGUGCUCGCUAUGGCCCUGGAAACACUCACCAUCCCGUAUCGGCUGCACUCGGGUGGUAUCUCCCUGUCCCAGCUGACAGACGCUCUCAACCCAGCUGGGAGAAAGGUGAUCAGUGCAUCUGCCUCUGUCCCGUUCCCUAUGAGGGACACAGACACUAUCCCAGAUGUACUCUGCAGACAGCAAGCUGCAAUGCUGUGGACCGGGCUGACACCAUGUGGAGACUUCCAGGAGUCCCAAUGCUUUGCACAGUCGGUGGUGAUCCGAGGAGUCAGCAAUGAAAGACAAAUCAGUAAUCUUGCUCCAGGAGUAAAGGGGCCCUCAGUAUUACAUAGCUGUCCAACUGGAGAGGAUGUGCUGAGUACAUUCCUGCACAGUUACUUCCCCACUGCUCUCAGUGCUGUCCAUCUGGCUCAAACCCCCUGUUCCGUGGCCUCUCCAUAUCCACAGUUUUUUAGCCCAUCCUUGAACAAACAGGGACAGCUUCUCGGAGGUGGUCUGUCGGCGUCAGCGUGUGCUGUCCAGAGUAUUCCUGUGAUGAGUACGCUUCAGUCAUCACCAGUCUUAUACAGUGUCCUGCACAGUUUGUACCGGGAGGUAAGCAGCCUCAACCUUCGCAAGUUCAGUGCCUUUCUGUCUGCUGGCACUGAGCUGGAUGACUUCCGCGAGGUCCUAGAGGAACUGAACACCCUGUCCCAGUGCUACAAAAUGAAUUUUGAUAUGGAUGAAUCAGGAGAUGAUUCUGAUGGUGAAUAGAGAACGCUGUAAACCUGCCAAGCCCCUCCACGAUGCUUACCCCUGAGGAAUAGGGCAAAAUGGGAAUCCACAUCUGUAAAUACAUUCAACACCAGGGAGCAAUGCCACAUUGACCUGUUCAAACAGCUGCAGCGACGGUGGAGAGGGUGAAUGUUGGGUCCCUCAGCCAGGCAUGAAUGACCACGGUGAGAGACAGGAGGCUGCUUAGUUAAUACUGUUGUUUAUUUUUUUUUUGCAAUAAAAAUUGAAGUGGUAAGUGA